CAUCAAACAAACUUUACAGGAGUUUGAUAUGCCAUCAUUUGUUGUUUCUCAGAGAGAGAUGGCGUGGAGGGCCCUGGCAGCGUUGUCCCUGCUGCUGUGUUUCAGCUCAUCUUGCUGUGACGAUACUCAAGAUUAUUUCUUGUCUGAAACAGUCAUCAACAAUGUCGUUCUGGACCCUCAAACUGGACGAAUUUAUGUGGGUGCCGUUAAUAACAUCUAUCAGCUCAACUAUAAACUACAGCUGGAGAGCAGUGCUGUAACAGGCCCUAAGAAGGACAACCCACACUGCACUCCACCCAUCACUGCACAGUGCACUGAUGCAAAGGAUAUGGACAACAUCAACAAACUCCUGCUGGUUAACUCCGCCAACGGCAACUUGGUUGUUUGUGGAAGCCUUUUCAGGGGCAUCUGCUCUUUGUUAAACCUCAACAGCGUGGACAAACAGGUGUACUACAGUGACACUAAAAAGGAGAAGACAUACGUAGCCAGCACAGAGGAGUCUGUUACCGUUGUGGGAGUAAUUUCUUAUUUUAUAGAUGAUGAUACUAAUGCAAACCUCAGUGUAUUUCUUGUAGGGAAGGGCUAUGGUAGCUCAGACAGUGCGAAACUCAUUAGCACCCGAUUGCUGCAGGAGUAUGGAGAAAUGGAUGUCUUUGAGAACAUGGUUGAUGCUUCCACUGUGCAAGCUAGUCCUUUUGUCCAGCGUUACCUCCACGACUUUCGUCAUGCUUUCAGAGACAAUGGCUACAUCUACUUUUUGUUUUCACGCACUCUAGGCACCAGCGAUAGUAGGAAGAUCACAUUUAUAGCACGUCUGUGUGAGAAUGACCAUCAUUACUAUUCUUACACCGAGCUCCAGCUCAACUGCUCCGUCAAAACUGAACAACAGGAGAACACAUACAACAAGGUCCAAGCAGCAUAUCUGGCCAGACCAGGAGAAGUUUUGGCUAGGGAGAUCAUCCCUUCGAAUCUCAAUGAUAAAGUUCUGUUUGCUGUGUUCAGCGCGGAUGAGGAUGGUGGCAAUUCUGCCUUGUGCAUGUAUCCGCUCAGCAGCAUUAAUGCCAGGCUUAAGGAGGUGAUUGAGUCCUGCUACAUAGGAGAAGUUCUGGAGGACGAGAAACCAAAGACUGUUUAUUCACCCUACAUCUCCAAGCCUGAGGCCAUCUGCAAGACCAAAAGAGACAAGGAAAUGGUGAAGGGAUAUAAGUGUGGUGCAGAGUUCCUUCCAUCUCCACUAGCCAGUAAACCUGAGUACGCUCUGGCUGUCAAACCCAUCUACCCCCGAAAUGACAUGCUGACAGCUGUAGCUGUGGCAGUGGAGAAUGAGCACACUGUGGCAUUUUUGGGAACCAGUGGAGCAGAUGUCUUAAAGGUGCAUCUUGACCCUAGCCACCCUGACCUUUAUAACAAGAUUCCAGGGGAACACACAGACGGUGGGGUGAACAAAAACCUCUUUUUUAAUUCAGCUUUGGAUCAUUUGUACAUCACCACUGGAAGAAAGAUCACCAAAGUCCCAGUACAGGCCUGUGAGCAGAAGAAUGACUGUCAAUCAUGCAUCUCCCAACGGGACCCAUAUUGUGGCUGGUGUGUGUUGGAGGGCCGUUGUACUAGGAAAAAGGAUUGUGAAAGAGGAGAAGGAAACUUCGCCUGGUUGUGGAGUCCAAAACAAACAUGUGUAUCUAUUAAGUCCUUUGAGCCCCCCAACAUCAGCUGGAAGAAAACAUAUAAUUCACAGUUUCCCUCCCCAGUAUCAGCAAUCCUGCUAGAUUUACAUGUGUAUUUGGUGACUAUUGUAGUCAGGCAACUAUGGAAAAUACACGGUUCAUCUGUGAUCUCCCGCUCUCUGAGUACAUACCGCCCAUACCUGAGACACAAGAUUUUGUGGCAGUGCCAGUAAUGAUCAUGAUGAAUGAUGGAUUUGAAUUGGCAUUUGGUGCAUUUGAGUUCUACAACUGUGCAGACGUGGUGAAGAGAUCGGAGAAUACACCAUGCAUUGCAUGUGUGACCAGUAAGUGGGGCUGCCAGUGGAACAUUCAGGAUCACACAUGCAGUGAUAGAGAUGACACUGUCAAGGGUGAUCAUAUCAUACAACACAUGCAG